CCCGGGAUGGACCGCAGAAUCCGUCCCCAUUCUCUGGUCAGGGAACUAGGAAGCAGGAUGAACUCCCCGCCGCCGCCGCAGCCACCGCCGGUGAUGUCCGGUUGCGCCUCCCUUCCCACAUGCCGGCACUCAGCACAUCGCAGUGCGUCCUCGCCGUCGCCGCCGCUGUCGCCCGACCCGCACAAGUGAGCGGGGCACAGCAGCGGCGGCUAACGAAGGACAUCGUAACUGCGCCACGCAUUUUUUGGUGCCAGUCCAAUGGAACUGGAAGUCAACACAUGAGGCCUUUUUGGUGAUAAAUAGCUGCAAUGUUGAUGGGGGUUUAACCAAAACCCAAAUAGAAGAGACUAUAAAUUGAACUCAUAUUGCUGGGUCUGCUCUAUUUGCUAUCAAAGAAUACACUUCUGCACUGCAGGGAACCAAGGCCAGGUUCUUUGCUGGAGCUGAAGGCAAAAGUACUCCAUCUAUAACUCUUCUACACAAGGUUCCACUGUAGAUCUUGGAGGUCUUCGCUAGAGCCAUACAGUCAUGUUGUCAGUAGCUACCAUCAAUGUCAGCCAAGAGAACUCCAUGGAAUCAGUCAGGGCAACAAUGGAGCGUCAAACAGCUCGCAGGACCCAGACUGAUGCGACACAGAUGAUAGAAUCUCUUUUUGCCAGUGUCAAUCUUGCUAAAGAUCUUUCUGAAAGGUGCAAAGGCAGAGCGUUGCAACUCAAGGGUGAUGAGAUACAGAACAUAGCACAAGACCUGGAGAAUACCUUGCAGAACAUAUAUGAUGAUCUUGGCAGGAUACCGGCAUCAGCAUUUGGCAGUAAUGCUUACAUGAAUGUGCUUAUCAAAUCACAAUCAAUGAGGGGUUACUCUGAGGCUGAUAUAUCCAUGAAUGUAAUGGGCAACAGGCCCAGGAGGAGGUCUCUCUGUGAUAAUGAUACUCCGAAGCUGGUGGACUUUCUGCAGGGAAUGUACCAUGAAUCACAUGAAUAUGGUGGCCAGAUGUUCAACACCCUGCCGGAGGUUGCAGAAUACAUUGAGCCACUUUAUGAUGCAUUCUUCUGUCCCCUGACAAAUGAGAUAAUGACUGAUCCUGUGACCAUUGAGAGUGGUGUGACAUGUGACAGGAGAGCAAUAGAAGAGUAUAUUGAGAGGUUUUCAGUCAGUUCUGAACCUGUCUAUUGCCCUGUCACAAAAAUGCCAAUGCAAAGUAAGACAGUGAUGAGCAAUGCUUCCCUGAAGAGUGUAAUUGAAGAGUGGACAAUGAGGAAUGAGGCCAUGCGUGUCAGGAUUGCUCGCACUGCCCUCUCUCUGUCAACUGCAGACACAAUGGUGCUUGAAGCCAUGCAUGAGCUGAAGUUGCUGGCCAAGUUGAGGUGGAAGAACAGGGAGCUGAUGCAUAAGAUUGGGGUCACCAAGUUCUUAGCACGGUUGUUGGACAACCACAACGCACAGAUUCAAUGUGAUGCUCUGGAGCUUCUGUGCUUGUUAGCUGAAGAUGAAGAAGGAAGGGAUAUCAUUGGAAAAACUAAGGCCAUCGCUAGGACAAUAAAGCUACUCUCAAGUAAUACUACUGAUGAAAGACAUGCAGCCAUCUCUUUCUUGCUGGAGCUUUCGAAGUCACAGUUGCUGUUGGAGAAUAUUGGCUCAACACCUGGAAGUAUUCUGAUCCUCACCACAAUGAAGAUCAACAAUUCAGAUGAUCCAAUUGCUGCUGAGAAAGCUGGAGCACUCCUUAAGAACCUGGAGAAGUGUGCGAAGAACAUCAAGCACAUGGCUGAAAGUGGCUACUUAGAACCUCUUCAGAGACAUCUAGUGGAAGGCUCAGAAGAGAUGCAGAUGGAGAUGGUCAGCUUCCUCAGCGAGCUGGUCCAAGAGCAGGAGCUCACCAUUGACAUCAACAGAAGCACGUCGGAGAUCCUCAUCAAGAUGACGCACAGCUGCAACCCCAUGGUCCGCAAGGCAGCAUUCGAUGUCCUUGUCCAGCUUUCCUUGCACCGCCCCAAUAGCAAGAUGCUUGUUGAUGCAGGAGCUGUCCCUGUCAUGAUUGAGGAACUGUUCAUCCGAAAGGUAGAUGAUGAGCCAGUGAACUCCAUGGCCAGUGCUGCCACCGUCCUUGCCAACAUUGUUGAUUCAGGCAUCGAUCCAGAUACCACGGUGGUGAACAAGGAAGGUCAUGUUCUCACUUCGAAGUACUCCAUCUACAACUUUGUACACAUGCUCAAGUGCUUCAUGCCAGAUGACCUCAACCUCAGCAUCAUCCGAGUCCUGCUAGUGCUCACUGAGCUCACCAAGCCACUGGCCACGGUGGUCUCAGUCAUCAGGGAGAACCACUGCAGCCAUGCCAUCGUCGAGCUCAUGAGCUCCCCAAUGGAGGCCCUCAGCCUCGCUGCGACAAGGCUGCUGAUCACCCUGUCCCCACACAUUGGUCACACCAUCGUCGAGAGGCUUUGCAAGACGCAAGGGCAGCCACGCAAGCUUGUCAAAAGCAUCAGCCAUACCGGGCGCAUCACUGAACGGCAAGCUGCAUUGGCAACGCUCCUCGCGAGGCUACCUUACCGGAACACCUCGCUCAACGUCGCACUUGUGCAGGAGGGCGCUGUGCCAGCCAUACUGAGUGCAAUAAAAGAGAUGCAGAACGGCGCUGCUAGAUCAAGUAGGCACGCAGUGCCAUACAUGGAGGGUCUCGUGGGCGCGCUUGUGCGGCUUACUGCAACUCUGUACAGCCCAGAAGUGUUGAAGGUGGCCAUGGACCACAACCUGGCUUCAGUGCUCACUGAGCUGCUCAACGGACCAGCUGGAAUCGACGAGGUGCAACGCCUUGCUGCAGUGGGGCUCGAGAACCUCAGUUACCUAUCCAUCAAACUGUCUCAGCCGCCGCAGGAUGAGCUGCUGUCAAAGAAGAACUCCAUAAUAAAGCUCCUGAAGGACUCGAAGGCGCACAGCAACAAGAAGAGCUCAAACCACCAGGUCAACGUUUGCCUGGUGCACCGGGGAGUCUGUUCCCCGGCGACGACCUUCUGCCUCCUCGAGGCGGGCGCCGUGGAGGGUCUCCUGGGCUGCCUCGAGAACGACAACAUCCGGGUGGUGGAGGCUGCGCUCGGAGCGCUGUGCACUCUCCUCGACGAGAGGGUGGACGUCGAGAAGAGCGUGGCUGCUCUCUCUGAGCUCAAUGCGGCGACGCACGUGCUGGGCGCGCUGAGGCAGCACCGGCAGAACGUGCUGUGGCAGAAGUGCUUCUGCUUGGUGGAGAAGCUCCUGGAGCACGGCGACGACCGGUGCGUGAGGGAGGUGACCGGCGACCGGAUGCUGCCCACGGCGCUGGUGAGUGCCUUCCACAGAGGGGAUGCGAGCACCAAGCAGGCCGCCGAGAGCAUCCUCCGGCGACUGCACAAGAUGCCCGAUUACUCUGCAACCUAUGUGUCCAUGGAGUUCUAGUGAUUUACCUUAACACUAUCAGAUUUGUGCAUAUGCUA